ACGUCAACACGACGCCCGCGCUGAGCUCUCCACCGCGCAAUCUCCAUAACUUACAGCACAUAGACACCAACAUGGACGCGAAUCAGAAUGACGAGCUUUACCCCAUCGCCGUGCUGAUUGACGAGCUCAAGCACGACGACGUUAUCCUCCGCCUCAACGCAAUUCACCGACUGAACACAAUUGCUCUUGCGCUAGGCGCCGAGCGCACACGCGAGGAACUCAUCCCGUUUCUGGAUGAGUCUGUCGAGGACGAAGACGAGGUUCUUACGGCAUUGAGCGAGGAGCUGGGCAAGUUUGUCGAGUAUGUGGGAGGCCCCGAGCACGCCCAUGUGCUCCUCUCGCCUCUUGAGAACCUGGCUGCCAUAGAGGAGCCGCUUGUGCGCGAAAAGGCUGUCGAAUCACUCAACAAGAUCUGCGAGGAGCUGUCGCAGCAGCAGAUUGAGGAAAACUUCAUUCCCCUUGUUCUCCGCCUAUCAAAAGCCGACUGGUUCACGUCGAAGAUUUCCGCGACAGGCCUCUACCAGACGCCGUACAGCCGCGCUACACCCCCCUCACAAGAAGCCCUCAGGCAACACUACGGCCAGCUGGUGCACGAUGACACCCCCAUGGUGCGGAGACAGGCUGCGAACAAUCUGGCCAAGUUUAUCAAGGCCAUGCCGCCGUCGAUUGUCAUCGAUGAGAUGAUUCCUCUUUUCCAGCACCUCGCUUCAGACGACCAGGAUAGUGUACGACUCCUGACUGUCGACAUUCUCAUCGCCAUCGCCGAAGCCGUACCCAAGGAGCAGCAGUCGAGCCAUGGGGUUCUUCUGACUGCACUGCGAAGUCUGUUCGAGGACAAGAGCUGGAGGGUGCGAUACAUGGUCGCCGACCGAUUUGAGAAGAUUGCAAAAGCAGUCGACGAUGAGGUGGUCAACCGAGACCUUGUCCCGGCCUUUGUCAAGCUUCUCAAGGACACAGAGGCCGAGGUCCGCAGUGCGAUCGCAGGGCAGAUUCCAGGCUUCUGUGCCCUACUCGAGCGCGAGACGCUCUUGCACGACGUCAUGCCUAGCAUAGAAGAGUUGGUCUCAGACCAGUCGCAGCAUGUCCGCGCCGCGCUUGGCACCCAGAUCAGUGGACUGGCUCCAAUCCUCGGAAAGGAAGAAACCAUUUCACAUCUUCUACCCAUGUUCCUGCAGAUGCUCAAGGAUGAAUUCCCCGACGUCCGCCUCAACAUCAUCUCCAAGCUCGAAUCGGUCAACAACGUCAUCGGCAUCGAGCUCCUCUCACAAUCCCUCCUCCCCGCCAUCGUCCAGCUCGCCGAAGACAAGCAAUGGCGUGUGCGUCUCGCCAUUAUCGAAUACGUCCCCCUCCUCGCGUCGCAACUUGGUGUGCAAUUCUUCGACGAAAAGCUCAGCUCGCUGUGUAUGAGCUGGCUCGGCGACACCGUCUUCUCGAUCCGUGAGGCGUCAACACAGAACCUGAAGAAGUUGACUGAAGUGUUUGGGGUUGAAUGGGCUAACGACGCCAUCGUUCCCAAGGUGAUGGCCAUGGGCCAGCACCCGAACUACCUCUACCGGAUGACGACAUGCUUCGCCGUCUCGACACUCGCACCCGCGCUCAGCCUGGACGUGAUUGAGCAAUCCAUCAUCCCCAUGAUGGACAAGCUGGUCAACGACGACAUUCCCAACAUCCGAUUCAACGUGGCAAAGUCAUAUGGCCAGCUCAUCAACACACUCAAGCAGCUGCCGGAACAGGGUACCGUCAUUGCACUGGAAAAGGCAGGCACACCGGGCCAGGGCUGCCAAAAGGCAACGGACGUCAUCACGAAGAGCAUUCUUCCCAACCUGGAGAAGCUUCAACAGGACGACGACGUCGACGUACGAUACUUUGCAACAACGGCGGCGCAAAACUUCACGGACGCAAUGCAGACCUAGACGGUGGUAGUGCACGAUAAGAUGAAUGGCACGCAUGGAUAAUGACAUUGGUAGAUGGGAGAAUUCAGCCCGGUGAAGGCGGCGCAACGUUGGCCGAAGGGCACCAGGCUCAGUUUGAAGGACAGAUUCAAAAGCUUGGGAGGCCAGUAGUUGGGCUCACUGAGAGCAUGAUCCAUCAAGUUUACCCCUGUUAGAUAAUCAAGGGCAGCUUAUCAAUGCAUUACUAUGGCGUGA